AUGAGGGCCCUGCUCCUGACCCUUGGCCUCGUUGCCUCCCUGCAGGCCCAGGUCGCCCCAGUCUUGGACAGCUCGACUGAGGACGUGUCAGGAAAGUGGUAUCUGAAGGCCGUGACCACAGACCAGGACGUUCCCGGGAAGGACCAGGAGUCGGUGCUGGCCAUGACCUUCAGCGUCCUGGAGGGGGGCGACCUGGAGGCCAAAGUCACCUCGCAGGCUGAUGGUCGGUGCCAGGAGACGAGCCUGUUCCUGGAGAAAACCGACGAUCCCGGCAGGUACACGGCCUACGGAGGCAAGCGUGAGGUGUUCAUCUUACCGUUGCGGGUGCGAGACCACUUCAUCCUGUACUGUGAGGGCGAGCUGGCUGGGCGGCAGAUCCGCAUGGCGAGGCUUCUGGGUAGAAAUCCUGACGUGAGCCCAGCGGCCCUGGAGGCCUUUAAGAAAUACGCACAGCGCAAGGGCUUGUCCCCAGAGGACGUCUUCACACCUGAGCAGAUGGAAAUCUGCGAGCCUGCAAGUGACUAG